GCUGUGGUAUUAAGUUUUCUGCAGAUAUUUUUUAUUUAGAAUUUAUUGAAGUAAUUGAGUUAAAUAAACACUGAAACUAAUUUUAAAAUGGCGACGGCACAUACAGAAAUUACUAGAAUAAGAUGUUUUUUGUGUCGACGGAAAGUCACAUCUACGCGGGACCAGUAUAUCGUUGACAGUAGUAGGUGCCCUGCAUCAAAGAAGUCCUUUAGAGAUGUAUUGUCUUAUUUGGCGCGUCAUGCUAAUACAGAACUACACAUUGCCCGAGGGGAAUCUGUUUGCUCUUCAUGUCAUUUCGAUCUGGUGGAAUACGAUACUUACCUUAUGAAAGCUCUAAAGAAACAACGCAUUCUUUUGGAUUUAAUUGAAAAAGCUGUGACGGGAUUUGAUUCCGAUUUUGAAAAUGAGAUCGAACCCGAUGUGAGUGCGCUGGACGAUCUCACUGACGAUCAUUUUUUUGACGAUGCACAGAUAUCAGAUUCAGAAAUCGCGCAAACCAUAGAGGAUGUUAUGGGAGAAACCGCUGAAGGCCAAUCUAGAAGUUCAGGUAGUAAUAAUCGCAGAAGCCGUUCAAUCAAGAUUAAGUGCGACUUUUGUGCGAUGAAAUUUCAUACUAAAUCGGGUUUAAAAAAACACGUAUCCAAUGCUCAUAAAAAAUUCAGUUGCGAAUUGUGUAGUUACAGCCAUCGAAACGAAGACUACGUCAUGUUACAUAUGAAUACACACGAAGGACGAAAUGAAAACCAAUGUCGGUUUUGUGAUAAAGAGUUUACUACAAAAAUUAGCACUAUCCGACAUAUGGAAGUGCAUUACAAUUCGAAAAAAUAUCAAUGCGAUAAGUGUGGCCUUUGUUUUUCACAAACAACUGUUUUGUACAACCACAAAUUACAACAUGAAGCUGAAGAGCAACCGUUACAGUGCGAAGUUUGUUCGCAAGUAUUUAAGACAAAGCGCACAUAUCGCCAUCAUAUGAUAACGCACCGAGAGGAUCGUCCGCGUUACAAUUGUGAAUACUGCUCUAAAACGUUUACAGAGAAAUAUACACUUAAAGUUCACAAACGUACACAUCCUGAAGCAGUUGAAUCUAAUGAAACAGCACAAUCACAACAACAGGUGCAAAAUGCGGCACGAGAUAACGAUGAAUCUACGUAUACCCCAACGAAAGCUCAAUCUCAAGAAAUAAAGUUCAAUUGUAUAAUUUGUGACCAAAUAUUUUCAGUAAAGGAUCAUUUAAACAAGCAUAUGGAAAAAGAGCAUGACGUUAUACUUAAGUCUUUAACGAUCAACAAUUUUUCUGAAUUCGAUGUGGUAGAAGACGACGCCAAGAAAGCGUGUCAUAUAUGCGGACAAAUGUUUAGUGCCCAGGCAAACUUAGAUUACCAUCUAAAAUAUGUUCACACAAGUACAUUGUAAGCAUUUUCACAUACACACAUGUCUAGUACCAGCUUUAAGUUCAUUUAAGUAUAAUUCUGAAUUAUAGAAAUGCAAUUUUUGUUUUAUAAAAUAAUAAUUAGUUUACCUUAAACAUGUAUUUAUAACAUCGUACAUAUGUAUGUAUGUACAUAAGAGAUCACAUAUGUAGUUAAUAUUGACUAUUAUAACAUUUUAAAAGCAAUUUAUAUUUAGUUUUACGCCCAAACUACUAAUUACAAAAAAAUUAUACUAGAGCGGAAACGGCAGAAACUAUCGAAUGAUAAAGUAUACAAAUUUUUUUAGUAUCCUGUGAGUGUUAGAACUAGUGGCACAUGUAAGCUAUCAGCCAUUGGAUUAAUUGGUUCUUAUUAGACGUCAAUCUUAAGGGCAUGCAUGUUAUUCCGACUUAAACAAUUUUUCCGUACGUAGAUUUUGUUAAAAGCAAUUUAGCUGGACGUCGUACUGUUAUUGUAUAAGUAUCCCUAAGCCGUUCUGAACGUAAUACGCCUAAUCGUAGUAAGAGUAUUUUUUUUUUUUAUUCCGUCUUGAUUCUGCCUCAUGUGAAUAUGUAAACUUCAAAUAUGCGUACUACCGUAUUAAUACAAAGUGUACUAGCCAGUUUGAUGUACAUAAAAAUUACGUGUUAGACGAAUUAUGUUAAUUUAUGUUCAAAUAAAGAUAUUUUCGUAACAUUAAAAAGGAGAAGAAAAAUUUAA